ACUUCCGUCUCCCGGGGGCUGAAGCAUUUUCUGCCCUUGCGGUAUCGGGCAGUAGACCACCCAACCACACGUUGGGUCGUUGCGCUAUCCGGCAAAAGGCUACCAAGACAGGCGCGAUGACUGAGGCUGAUGUAAAUCCGAAGGCCUAUCCCCUUGCAGAUGCCCAUCUCACCAAGAAGCUGUUGGACCUUGUUCAGCAGUCAUGUAACUACAAGCAGCUUCGGAAAGGAGCCAAUGAGGCCACCAAAACCCUCAACAGGGGCAUCUCUGAGUUCAUUGUGAUGGCUGCAGAUGCUGAGCCACUGGAGAUCAUUCUGCACCUCCCACUGCUGUGUGAAGACAAGAAUGUGCCCUACGUGUUCGUGCGCUCCAAGCAGGCCCUGGGGCGGGCCUGUGGGGUCUCCAGGCCUGUCAUCGCCUGUUCUGUCACCAUCAAAGAAGGCUCACAGCUGAAGCAGCAGAUCCAGUCCAUUCAGCAGUCCAUCGAAAGGCUCUUAGUCUAAACCUGUGGCCUCUGCCAUACUUUCCCAGCUGACUCCUCCCCCUGAGGUUGUGUAUCGUAUUGUCUGUGUUAGCAUGUAGUAUUUUCAACCACUUUCCAUUAUUAUAAAAUAUUAUUGUACUAAAUCUGGUUUCUGGAUUUUUGCAUUGCUUUUGUUCUGUUUGUACAAGGUUGUUUUCCCUCCUCUCCCCUUCCACCCUCUCUCUCUGUCACCCUCCAUCCUUUUAACCCUCUCUUUUGAAAAAUGAACAAAUGCCCAGAAGAGAUGGAAGCAAAGCGGUGGCACCAUUCAAAGUCAGGAAAAGCCAGGAGAAACCUGACAGAGCCAGGAUAUAGAUCUGGUUCCAGCUUCCUACUGUGUGCAGAGUAUGAUGAAAGUGAGCAUCCACUUUGUAUCCUUGUGCUUGGCAUAUAGAAUCAUUCAUUUGUGUUAAAUUGCUUUAGGGGAUUAUGUAUCAUUUGGGGAGAAAGCAUGUGUUCUGUGAGUCAUUAGGCUUAUACCCAAGUGUCAUUUACUAAUGUAACCCUGCUGUUUGCUUUUGGUCACAUGAUAUGUUCUCCCCCACUUCCCUAACCCCAACCAUAUCCCUGAGGGUGGCAGGGCAGCAGCAUACCAAAGAGAUGUGCUGCAGGAUUCCAGAGGCAGCCUGGGUGACAGACAUGGGGCUGUUGGCCUCCAUCUUGAGUUGGGAGUAGCAAGGCAAAGAGCAUGGACUAGUGCUGGAGUAAAGGAUUCCGGGAAGAUGGUGGAGACCUAGCUGGUAGCUACAGCUGAGGUGAUGGAAUUCAAGGAAACAACCUCUCUUUAAAUGGGGAUUUAUUCAGUGGAUACGUGGCAUCAGCUCUGAGAGCCCUUACCCCUGUUUCCUGCCACGAUGUGGGUCAGAUGUAUUCUUUGUCAUAUGGGAAUGCUAACGUGUCCUUCAUUCAUGUGAGCAUCUUAAUAAAUAAAUAUAUUCAAAUUCCAAUUUAA